CUUAUCGGAGGUGGACCAGAAAAGCAGUUCCAUGCGAAGAAAGCUCCACAGCUGCAGCCAAGAGAAAGGGUCCAGCGCGAGCGGGUUCAUAUCAUUGAUGACCGAGUGUAUGAUUAUUCAUAGCUAGAUAAUAAUGUUGUUCUUAUGGGACCGGGAUGGAUGAUGGCGAUGAGGGGACGGCAGAUGGCGAUCGCUGAAUCUCGUGCGGAGGAACCCCACUUUCAUUUUUCGCAUCGCUUCGUCUUUCGCGUCAUCGCCGCAGUCCCAUCCACCCUCCAUCCUCAAUUGCUUCAUCGCUGAUCGAUAGACGAGCAAACUAUCAUAAUGCCUCACGCAGACUCUUCUUACUUCGGCGCCGGCAAUGGCUCCAAAUCCGAAGUCUACACCCAGGUCCUAGAGCAAGCUCGGGGUCUGGUAUACGACCAGCGCAAUUGGGUCAGUAACUUCUCCAACGUCGCCUCCCUCCUCUGGCACGCCUACGCUGCUCUCCCCGCCCCCUCCUCCUCCGUCAACUGGGCUGGCUUCUACAUCCGCCAGGACAAGUUCCCCGUCCUCGGCGCACCCUCCACCGCUUCGGAAGAGGGCAGCAACAAGAAGCCCGUCCUCCUCCUCGGUCCAUUCCAGGGCCGUCCGGCAUGUCAGGAGAUUCGCUUCGGGCGGGGCGUGUGCGGAACGGCGGCUGAGAAGCGCGAGACGGUCGUCGUGCCGGAUGUGUUGAACUUCCCGGGCCAUAUUGCGUGCGAUGCCAGCAGCCGGAGUGAGAUUGUGGUGCCGAUUCUGAGCAAGGGGGAGACUGUAGCGAUUAUCGAUAUUGAUUGUGCGGAGCCGGAUGGAUUUGACGAUGAGGAUAAAAAGUAUCUGGAGGAAUUGGCUGCGCUGCUGGCGGAGUGCUGUGAUUGGUGAUUGGUGAUUGGUACCACAGAGUCUGAUGUGGUGUGUUUAUAGAUCGGUGGCUGAGGAUGGAUGGUAUGGUUUAAUGAUAUAUAUAGAGAUGGUCGAGUAAUGAUACUUGGAGCGAUUGAAGAUGAAGACAGUAACCAUGAUAACAUAUAUAUUCCC